UCGGUCUCCUCUCGUGAGAAUCGGUACGCCCUAGAGGACCGGAGCGGUGUGGGUGGGGCCGUGUUCCGCGGUCCCUCGGAGCCCGCGCACGCCGCGCCCUGCCCCCUCGGCACGCAGGCUCCGCGCGAGCUCGCGCUCUUCAGAGUCUCAGUGUGGCCAGCGGGGACCGACGGGCGGAGGCUGGGCUGCUGAAGUACGAGGGGCGGAGCCCGGGCCGCCGCCGCCGCCGCUGCCGCCAGAGAGGAGCAUGUCUGCAACUCGAGCCAAGAAAGUGAAGAUGGCCACCAAAUCAUGCUCUGAGUGCGACCAACAGGUACCUGUUGCAUGUAAAUCUUGUUCCUGUGGUUAUGUAUUUAUUAAUAGGAAACUUGUAAAAAUAAAACACUCAGAGAAAUCGUCACCUUUUACAGGAGGUCCUGGUAAGGAAUGUGGAACUAACAAGCUACUACCAACUGGAAGAAUUCGGGAAAGGUCAAAAGGAGAGAGGAGACUCAAGUCCAUAUGUCCUGCCAACCUCCCAGAAUCCUUCUCACUGGAAUCCAUCUUGGCUGAACAAUGCACAUGCCACCAGGAAGGACCCUGAGUCACAGUGAUUGGCCAGAGACAACUGGGAAACUAACCCCAUACCAUAAAACCCGAGACUGCAAGCCAUGUGGCAGAGCAGUUCUCCUGGGUUCCCUUACCCUGCUGCUCUCCACCCGGGCGCCUCUUCCCAAUAAAGUCUCUUGCUUUGUCAGCA